UAUUAUAGUAUUAUAUAAGUCUGUGAUAAAUAUUAAUAACAGUAUACGAAAGUUUAAAAUAAUUUUUGUUUUUUGUGUAAUAUUUGUUGAGGCAUUAACAAAUGACAAAACGUACUAUUUUUAUUGGUUUAUAAUUAAUUCAAUGGACUGUUAAGAGAAGUUAUUUACUAUAGAUCAAAUGGGCCAAAAAUCUAGUCAAUUCUCCACCGAAGAGUUAAAUGACUAUCAGGAUCUCACUUAUUUUACAAAAAAAGAAGUUUUGAUGUGUAUGUGUAAUACAAUGUUUAGUGCACAUGAAAAGUUCAAAUCUUUAGCUCCUGAAAAAGUGGGACAUAAUAAAAAUGCCAAAUUAGCCCUAAACAAGGUCCUUAAGCUACCUGAAUUGGCAGCUAAUCCUUUUGGUGAACGCAUGUGUCAAGUAUUCAGUUCCAGCCAAGAUGGAGAUUGUACAUUUGAAGAUUUUUUAGAUAUGAUGUCAGUAUUUAGUACUAUGGCACCUGCAGAUGUAAAGGCUGAACAUGUCUUUAGAAUUUUUGAUUUUGAUGGUGAUGACAUGUUGGGCGUUGGAGAUAUAAAAAAAGUAAUUCAAUGUUUAAUUGGAGAACAAAAUGCCUUUAAUGAUAAUGAUCUGAAACGUUUGGUACAAAAAAUAUUUGAAGAAGUAGAUUUUGAUGAUGACGGCGCUCUUUCAUUUUCUGAAUUUGAACACGUAACUGACAUGUGUCCAGAUUUUGUUAAGAUGUUCAAUAUUAAACUUUGAAAAGAUAAGCUAAGGAGAAGAAUAAGUUGGAAAAUAGUGUACACAUAUUAAAAAAAAUUUUAUGAACAAAUUAUACUUCAUUAUUAUUUGUUUUAAUUAUUAUUUAUUUAUUACAACUUGAUGCAUAAUAUAAUAUAUAAGUUGAGGAUAUUGAUUGGCUUAUGAAAACAUGUAAAAUAAAAAUAAAAAAGUGAGUUUUGUUCAA